ACUAGGUUACCCGUGAUCUGGCUUCUGUUCCUUUCUUUCCGCUAUUUUCUUAUUGUACAAAGGAGAUCGCCAUCGCCGGAAGGUGGCUUGUCUGCUUUCCAUUUCUUGCAAAAACCUUGCCCUGAGCCUUGCGACAACUUGACCGCGCUUCCAAAUGUUAUAGCGAUAACUUCCCGACCGAUCGAGCGAUCUCGAGUGUCUGAAGACGUGCAUCCCGCGCUUCUGGGCUGCGGCCGGUUCUUCGGCUUUGGGGUUGAGAAACAGAACAUAGACGUGCUUGGGAAACCCAGGGGAAUUGCAAAAUGGCGCCCGCCAACAUCCAAGUGUCGCUCGCAGCGCCACCCGCGCAUAUGGCGACGACGACACUCAAAGUAGAGGGGAUGACUUGCGGCGCAUGCACAUCGGCAGUUGAAGCAGGCUUCAAGGGUGUCGAUGGCGUUGGCAGUGUCUCGGUCAGUCUGGUCAUGGAGCGCGCGGUGGUGAUGCACGAUCCCCAACGGAUAUCCGCCGACAGCAUACAAGAGAUCAUCGAGGACCGUGGGUUUGACGCCGAAGUCUUGUCGACAGACUUACCUUCACCGAUUGCCCCUCGCGCCUCGUUCGGAGGUUUUCCCACCGAUAACGGUCCGGUCCUGACGGUUACGACGGUGUCGAUCAAAGGCAUGACUUGCGGCGCGUGCACCUCGGCGGUAGAAGGUGGAUUCAAGGACGUUCCGGGCGUCAAGAAUUUCAGCAUAUCGUUGCUCUCGGAACGCGCUGUCAUUGAACACGACCCGGCACUUCUAACGGCUGAGGCUAUCUGCGAAACUAUCGAGGAUAGGGGGUUCGAUGCCGAGCUUAUCGAAAGCAACGAGAAAGCGGGGGAGGAAAAGGCGGCGCCAGAGGGCAUGAAGACGGCGUCGACAGCCACCACGACCGUGGCGAUCGAAGGGAUGACUUGUGGAGCAUGCACCUCGGCCGUCGAACAAGGGUUCAAAGACAUCAACGGACUCCUCCGUUUUAACAUCAGCUUGCUCGCGGAACGGGCCGUUAUUACGCACGACCCUGCGAAGCUUCCGGCCGACAAGAUCGCCGAGAUCAUCGAGGACCGGGGUUUUGAUGCCAAGAUUCUUUCGACCGUCUUCGAUUCGCAAGAUCAGACGAGUGGCACGUCGACGGCGCAGCUUAAGAUUUUCGGCAAUUUAGACGCGGCGGCGGCGAAGUCACUCGAAGAGAAUCUAACUGCGCUUCCAGGCGUCAACAACGCACGGCUUGCGCUCAGCACCUCCCGCCUUACCGUCACCCACGUGCCCAACGUGACAGGCUUACGGGCCGUCGUCGAAACUAUCGAGAGCGCAGGCUACAACGCUCUGGUUGCGGACAACGAUGACAACAGCGCCCAGCUCGAGUCCCUAGCCAAGACUCGAGAAAUCAACGAGUGGCGGCGGGCGUUCCAAAUAUCCGUCUCUUUCGCCGUGCCCGUCUUCCUCAUCAGCAUGAUCAUUCCCAUGUGUGUCUCAGCCUUGGACUUUGGGUCGAUCAAAAUAUUUCCUGGCUUGUACCUCGGCGAUAUUAUAUGUUUGGUUCUCACGAUACCCGUGCAGUUUGGCAUUGGGAAGCGCUUCUACGUUUCAGGCUGGAAGUCCCUCAAGCAUGGUUCCCCAACCAUGGAUGUUUUGGUGGUCCUUGGAACGUCCUGCGCAUUCUUCUUUAGCAUCAUGGCCAUGCUCGUCUCCAUCUUUUUCCCGCCUCACACGAGGCCGAGCACCAUCUUCGACACGAGCACUAUGCUCAUUAGUUUCAUCACCCUUGGCCGCUUCCUGGAGAACCGCGCAAAGGGCCAGACGUCGAAGGCACUCUCGCAACUAAUGUCCCUGGCCCCGCCGAUGGCCACCAUCUACGCUGAUCCCAUCGCCGCCGAAAAGGCUGCUGAAGGGUGGAAUAGCGAGGUCAAAUCCGAGGACCCGAAGCAGCCGCUCGAUGGCAACGCGGCGGAAGAGAAAGUGAUCCCCACGGAGCUUAUCCAGGUGGGGGACAUUGUCAUCCUUCGACCGGGAGACAAGAUCCCGGCAGAUGGCGCCCUGGUUCGUGGGGAGACUUACGUGGACGAGAGCAUGGUCACUGGUGAAGCUAUGCCGGUUCAAAAAACGAAGGGAAGCUUCCUCAUCGGUGGAACCGUCAAUGGUCACGGAAGAGUCGACUUCCGUGUCACCCGAGCCGGCCGCGACACACAGCUCAGCCAGAUCGUCAAGCUUGUGCAGGACGCACAGACGAGCCGCGCCCCGAUCCAGCGACUGGCCGAUAUAAUCGCCGGCUACUUCGUCCCAAUGAUUCUGCUCUUAGGUCUUCUAACCUUCCUUGUGUGGAUGGUUCUGAGCCAUGUUCUGGCGCACCCACCCAAGAUCUUCCUGGAGGAUGCGAGCGGCGGCAAGAUAAUGGUCUGUGUCAAGCUCUGCAUUUCGGUUAUUGUUUUUGCAUGCCCCUGCGCGCUUGGGCUUGCCACUCCUACCGCCGUCAUGGUUGGUACCGGGAUAGGCGCUGAAAACGGCAUCCUCUUCAAGGGUGGUGCAGCCCUGGAAACCACAACCAAGAUCACUCAGGUUGUGCUUGACAAGACGGGCACCAUCACGUACGGCAAGAUGAGCGUGGCCAAGACCAACAUCGUCUCCCCUUGGAUCGACACGGACUGGCGCAAGCGACUCUGGUGGACCAUUGUUGGCCUCGCCGAGAUGGGCAGCGAGCACCCCAUCGGCAAAGCCGUGCUCCGCGAGGCAAAGACGGAGCUCGGCCUCGGCCCUGACGCAACGAUCGAAGGUAGCAUCGGCGACUUCUCAGCGGCUGUUGGCAAGGGCAUCAGCGCGUACGUCGAGCCGGCGGCCGCCAACGACCGGACCCGCUACAAAGUCUUGAUCGGCAACGUCCUCUUCCUCCAGCAGAACAACGUCACCGUUCCCCGCGCCUCGAUCGAGGCCUCAGAGCAGGUCAACGCGUCCCGCUCCACCAAGUCCAACGCCGGCACCACCAACAUCUUCAUCGCCAUCGAUGGCGCCUUCGCAGGCCACCUCUGCCUCUCGGACACCAUCAAGGACGGCGCCGCGGCCGCGAUCGCGGUCCUCCACCGCAUGGGCGUGCGCACCGCCAUGGUGACGGGCGACCAGCGCGGCACGGCGCUCGCGGUAGCAUCGGCGGUGGGGAUCCCGGAGGAGGACGUGCACGCGGGGGUGUCGCCCGACCAAAAGCAGGCCAUCAUCCGGGGCCUGCAGGAGGACGGGGCGGUGGUGGCGAUGGUGGGCGACGGCAUCAACGACUCGCCGGCGCUGGCGACGGCGGACGUGGGCAUCGCCAUGAGCUCGGGCACGGACGUGGCGAUGGAGGCGGCCGACGUGGUGCUGAUGCGGCCCAACGACCUGCUCGACAUACCCGUCGCGCUCAGCCUCGCCCGCACCAUCUUCCGCCGCAUCAAGAUGAACCUGCUCUGGGCCUGCCUCUACAACGCCGUCGGCCUGCCCUUCGCCAUGGGCCUCUUCCUGCCCCUCGGCUUCCACAUGCACCCCAUGAUGGCCGGCGCCGCCAUGGCCGCCAGCAGCGUGAGCGUGGUGACCAGCAGCCUGUUCCUGAAGCUGUGGAAGCGCCCGCGCUGGAUGGAGGAGGUCGAGGCGGACAUGAAGGGUGGUGUGGUGCGGAAGGGCAGGGGCUGGGGGUUGUUGGGCGGUGUGCGGGAGGCCGUGGGCAGCCUGUUUGGCGAGCGCAGGAAGAAGGGCGAGGGCUACGUCCCGCUUGCGACGCUCGAUCGCGACCAGGCGGUUUGA